AUGAAGAUCCGAAGCAGGGAACUGAUGGAGACCGACAGCUGCUCAAGCUUCAGCCAGCCGCCGGGACACUGUAAGCCAGCGGACAGCCUGAGGGUCAGCAUUAACGACAGCUCUUUCAUUGUGGACAAAACCAAUCUGUCUGAGAACUGUGAGUACUUCAGAGCAUUGUUUCAGUCAGGAAUGAGAGAGUGCCAACAGGAAGAGAUCCACCUGCAGUGUGUGGGGGUCCUGGGCUUUCUGGUCAUGCUGAAGGUCCUGGCCGGGGAGCACCCCGUGCUGAGCAGCGACCAGAUCGUGGAAGCCAUCGAGUGUACGGCUUUCUUGCAGGUGCCGGCUCUCACCGAGCACUUGAUCAAUAUCGUCAAUUCUGAAAACUGCCUGCUCAUGUACCACACGGCUGCCACCUACGGUGUGUGGGAGCUCUCCCACAGUUCAGCCUUAUUUAUCAGAGAUAUGUACAACGACCUGAAGGAGGAACUUCACAAUUUACCCAAUAAGCUGGUAGAGAACAUCGAGUCCCUUCUCCCGAGUAGCUACAUGGCAGUGUGCAGCCACUCACCUUCCACUGAGCAGCUGAAAGAUCUCCAGAGGACCGUCUGCUACCUGGACGAAGACCACAGCGAGUGGAAGGUCCUGACUCAUUUACCUGUGAUCACUAGCACCACGAUGGCAGGCGUGGCGGUCCUAGACAACAAACUAUACAUCAUCGGAGGAGUGCAUGAUGUAAGCAAGAAGGUGGUAGAGAAUGGCUUCUGUUACAACCCUGCAGCAAACACAUGGUCCACCAUCUGUGGCUCCCAGCAGCUACGCUACAACUUCACUCUGAUAGGUCACAAGGGCAGCCUCUACGCCAUUGGAGGUGAGUUCAACAUGAAGACCCUGUCGUCUGUGGAGAGAUACAGGGUGUCUAAUGGAAGUUGGGGGUUUGUCUCCCCCCUGCCCUGCCCUGCAGCCUUGGUGGUGUCUGCUACAGCCAUGAACAGGAUCUUUAUCUGUCUCUGGAGAGGUAAGGGGGCCACAGAUAUACACGAGUAUGUGUCUGAACGAGAUCAGUGGCUUCUGGUCACCACGCUCAUCCGUGAGCAGAGUUAUGGUCUUUAUAUGGUGGCCCAUAAGGAUAAUCUGUAUGUGAUGCGCAAUGGACCCUGUGAUGACUUCUUACUGUGUGUUAUGGACUGCUACAACCUGAGCUCAGGCCAGUGGACGGCCAUGUCGGGGCAGUACGGGAACAGCAAAGGCUCUCUGUUCACUGCUGUGGUCAGAGGAGACUCUGUGUUCACGCUCAGCCGGCAGUUGACCACAGAGUAUUCUGUAGAGGAUUACAAAUGGAAAGUGAAGCGAGAGAUGAAAGGUUUUGGCAGGAUUGGAUCCAUAUAUACAUUCCUGAUGAGGCUGCCUAAAGCCAUUUCCACCAUGGGAAACUCUGUGAAUCAGGACCAAAAAGUCAGAGACCGCCCCAGAUUCUACCCACGAUGCUCUGAUAACCUGUAA